AUGGCCUCCACAGCGUCCCCUCUCAAGCAGGCGGGCGAUUUAGGGAGGGAAGCCGAGGAGGCGGCAGCCAACGGUCUCUUUGAGGAAGCCACCCGCAAGUACCUCCUCGCCGCCCAGUGCUUCGUGGACGCGACGAAGCACACGGCCGAUGCGCAGAUGAUCCAAUCCCUCAACCUGCUCGCCCAGACGCACAGGAACAGGGCCGAAGAACUUCAGCUCUAUCUCGAAGCCGCCAAGACCCUCCAGGCGAGUGGCGGAGACUCGUACUACCAGGGCAGCAGCUUGAGCUACUCCAACGGGUACGACAGCGGCGACGACGACGACGAAUACGACGAUGAGCCCGGCCAGCACCACCGUCAGCGCGGCGAGGGUCCGACCUAUUGGGAGGGCGAGGACAUGAUCUACGCGCGGUCGUCGUCCCCGUUCGGCUCCUCCGACCCGCUUCUCUUCGUCUUCACCAAGGACGACGCGCGCCCGGCGCCGGCCAUGGUCGAGUCGCAGUUCUACGAGAUACGGGGCCGCGACCCAGCGGCCGCCGGCGGCAACAGCGAAUCGGAGUCGAGCCCGGGCUCGUCGUCGUCAUCUUCAUCGUCGACAUCGACAUCAACGUCGACGUCGUCGUCAUCUUCGUCGUCGGUCAACAACAAUAACAACGACGCCGAGUCGAUCAUGUUCAGCGUGGACGGCAGCUCGGACGAGUUUAUGUCGACGUGGCAGCGCAUGCUGAUGGGCAUGGACCGGCUGCUCGACAUCCUCCCGCGCUCCACGAUACCCUUUGCCGCCGCCGGCCCGGCGUCGCCGUCACCCACCGGGGAGCGCCGAAGUCCCCAGGCGGCCCGGGCCGACCACAACGCGCAGCCUGCGGGCCAGCUCGGAUCGAGCGGCGAUGCCGGCGCCGGCCGGGUGGCCGAGUCCUUCGUGCUGGUGCCCUCCUCGCGUUCGCGUUCGCCCUCGCCCACGUCGCCCACCGACUCGGCAGCGAUCUCGCCCGCACCCGCCCUGCAGGGAAGCGUGUUGGACUAUUCGGGGCUCAGCAAGGAAGAUAUGCUGCGUGAGCUCCAGCGUCUCAACCAGGCCGUCGAAUAUCUGCGCGCCGAGAACGCCGCCCUGGUCAAGGCACAGGAGGAAAAGAAAGAAGCGACGCGAGAAAACGAAAUGCUGAAGGAGAGCAUUCUGCGAUUCCGCACCGAGUUCGAAAAGCAGACGCACCAGCUUCACCAGGCCCAGCCCGUCAAGCUCUCCAAGAGCAUCGUGGGCGGCACGAAGCGAAGCGUCCACCCGACGAACCCGCUCGCGCACUCGGCGCUGUCGUCCGGCGGCCACAGGGCGCACCACCGCUCGGUCGCUCCGCACCACAAUUACCACCCAUCGGGCGCCCUCCACUCGGGCCGCUCGCUCUCCUCGUCGUCAUCGCACUUCGCAUCGGCCUCGGCCUCGCCGCCGCCCGCCGCCUCCGCCAAGAACCCGUCGUCGUCCCUCGGGCUCGACUCGGCGCUGUCGCCGUCGCUGUCGUCGUCGGCAUCGUCGGCCCAAUCGACAGCGAUGAUGACGUCAGCCGCGUCGCCGCUGUCGGCGUCGAUGUUCUGGAUCCAGAACAUACAGAUGAAGCGGCUCAAGGAGCUCGAGGAGCGCAACCGCGCGCUGGCCAAGCAGCUCAAGCAGCUCCGCAAGCAGGCGAGCGGCAGCGACAAGAAGGUGGCCGCGCUCGAGGAGGAGAACCGACGACAGCGCGAGGUCAUCGACAAGUACGACGAGAAGUGGAAGAAGCUCGAACGCAGCGCGCGCGAGAAGAUGAAGCAGCGACGAGAGAGCCUGUCGCGCACGUCGUCGUUGCCGGCGCCGCCCGCCGGCGGUGGUGGUGGGUCGACGUCGUCGUCCACCAUCCCCGGCUCGCUGUCCGAGGGCAGCGGACUGCCCAUCCUCGCCAUCCCGGCCCUGUCGUCGUCGCCCUCGGGGUCGAUGACGUCGAUGCACUCGCCGGGGUCGUCGCCUAUCUCGUCUCCGCUGUCGUCGUCCCCUUCGUCGUCGUUCCUCAUGCACGCCGCGUCGUCAUCGCUCCUCUCGCCCUCCUCCUCGCUCUUCCUCAACUCCUCUUCCAUCGCCGACGACGCCGGCCGAGGACGCGAACACUGA